AUGGCAGUGUCUGCGGCAGGUCUCUUGCCCCAGCCUCACUACUCAUCGGCCGCAGCCGUUUCCUCGCAGAGCAUCGUGCGACACGACCAGCCCCAGGCUAUCCACGCCGCUCCAGUGGCCAUUCAUGCUGCUCCCCUCGCCUACCAAGCUGCCCCUAUUGCCACUUACGCCGCCCCCGCUCGUAUUGCCACCGGCCACGCGGUCUCUUCCCAAAACAUUGUGCGUCAUGACCAGCCCCGUGCCGCUUACGGUAUUGCUCCAGUAGCAUACGCCGCACCAGCCAUCAGCCACGCCGCACCAAUCAUCAGCCACGCUGCACCAAUCAUCAGCCAUGCCGCACCAAUCAUCAGCCAUGCCGCACCUGCUGCCAGGAUUAUUGCCACCGCUCAAAGCGAGGAAUAUGCCCACCCAAGAUAUGACUUCGCCUACUCCGUGGCCGAUGGACACACCGGCGACAACAAGUCCCAGCAUGAAAGCCGCGACGGUGACGUCGUCCACGGCGAAUACUCGCUGCUGGAGGCCGAUGGUUCAGUGCGCACAGUGCAAUACUCUGCUGACGACCACAACGGCUUCAACGCCGUCGUGAGCAACUCAGCCCCGACUCACGUUGCCCCCGCGCCCGCGCGCCUCCUCGCCCAUCAC